AUGAAUCAAAGUGCUGACUUCAAGUCAAAACCUGCUGCUGUAUCGCCAUCAGCCAUGAGCCAUUUUAACGUUCUGACUGCCACUGCUGAUGACCUUCAGCGCGAGCUAAGCGCUGGCGGCAUAAACAGCAAACAGCUCGUCAAGAUCUAUCUCUCCCAAAUCGAGCGCCACAAUGACUAUCUCAAAGCUGUAAUUAGCACAGCCCCCGAAUCACUUCUGUUAGAGAGGGCCAGCAUGCUGGAUGACGAAAGACAGAGAGGAAAGCUUCGAAGUCCCCUCCACGGCACCCCAAUCCUCAUCAAGGAUAAUAUCGCAACGCAUCCUUCGACUGGUCUGGACACAACGGCUGGUAGCUUGGCGUUGGUCAACUCGAAGCCACGGAGCAAUGCCCCCAUUGUAGACCGAGUAGGUAGCACAAAUAUACCCUGUGGCUGGAAUAGUGUGAGCGGCCAGUCUCAAUCACCCUAUGUUGCAGGAGGCCUUCUCCCGGACGAUUCAUACGCGGGACACAGUAACCCCGGCGGAUCUUCGUCUGGCUCUGCGAUCGCCGUGGCCGCUGGCUUCGCUCCACUCAGUAUUGGCACCGAGACAUUUGGGUCUCUCAUGUUGCCUGCGGGCCGGGCCGCUCUUUACUCGAUCAAACCUGGCCGCUCGCUGAUCUCCACGACUGGCAUUAUUCCUAUUUCUAAUUUUUCGGACCAGCCAGGUCCCAUGACAAAAUCUACCAAGGAUCUAGCCAUGUUGAUGGACAUCAUUGCCGAUCCCGACCAUCUCCCGUCUGGCGGUUACGCUUCACGGGCAACGGCGUCAUGGGAGGGUCUCCAAAUUGGCACCUUGGAUCCAGAAAAAUGGAAGUACUCUUCCGAGGUUCGGAAGAUCUUGGAUGAAGGAAUGGAAAAACAGCUGAACGAUCAAGUCCGAGAUGCAUAUGCAACGAUCAAGCAACAUGUCUCCAUUUUCAAGGACAACGUUCCUUUGAGCACCGCAGAUGCUUUGACUCUUAACGGUGAAGAUGUACUGCUCAAGAUUUUCGAAAAGGAUUUUAAAGAGCAGUUUGAAAACUAUCUACAGCUCACCGAAACUCCCCAAAUUAAAUCUUUGGGCGAGUUGAUUGCUUUCAACAAGAAGCAUGCGGAUAGAGAGCUACCCCCAGGAUAUGAUAACCAAGACACUCUUGAGCGCUGCGAGAAGACGAAUAUCACUUUUGAAGAUCGUGCAAAUUAUGUUGCUCACUUGGAGAAAUUCGGCCGUGAUGAAGGCAUCGAUAAGAUAUUUCACGAAUAUGACAUCAACAUCGUGAUAGGACCACUUGAGUCUCCCCUUUACUAUUUUGCUGCGGCCUGCGGAUAUCCCGUUGCCGCCAUGCCAGUUGGCUAUCUUGAGUAUAACGGACGUCCUCAUGGGAUUGGCGCUGUUGCUAAAGAGGAGGGCCUUCUUAUCCAACUUCAAAGCGCUUACGAAAGUGUUUUCCCGCCACGGAAACCGCCAACUAUUCUUGGCUGA